GCAGAGCUAGCCGGCUGCCGCUGCCACCAACCGGAUCCUUCAGCCCGCCACCGCGCACGCGUCGUCGUCCCGCUCGCCCGCCGCCGCGCCAGCCCAUCGUCCCUGCCCGAGCCGCCGUCCCGCGCCAGCACCGCCCCGAGCGGAGAGAAUACAGGACCCCACCGCCACCCGCUGCGGGUCACCCGCUGGGAGGAGGGGAAGGGGGAUCACCCUCUGACUUGACUCCUCAUCCGGUUCCGCCGCCGCUGCGGCCACAACAGCGAGUCUUCCAAACUCCGGUGAGCGUAGAAAUGGCCCGCCGCCUUCUUCUUCUCCGUCGUAGCCACAGCUAUUCCACCUCCGCCGCCGACAUGGUCGUCUCCUCCAUCCGCCUCCUCUCCGCCACGGACCCCACCAAAUCAGCCCCAACCCCCACUCCCCUUCACCUCGUUAGCCCCAAUCCCGAUCCGGUAGCAGCUCCUCCCCCUCCUCCUCCCACCACCACCAUCCUCCUGUCCCCGGCGGACCGCCUCCGCGGGGUCUUCCUCCAGAAGCCCCCCGGCCGCGCCGCCCUCCACCGAGCCCUCUCCUUCACGGGCCUCGACGCCCUCUCCCCGGAGGUUCUCUCCGAUGUGGUCAGCCGCGGCAACCUCAGCGGCUCCGCCACCGUCGACCUCCUCGACUGGGCCAUCUCCAACGCCAAGCUCCCCCCUUCCGUACAUACCUGCAACAUUGUCGUCAGAGCUCUGGGCAGGAGGAAGUUCUUCAGCUCCGUCGAGCCUGCCCUGGAGGUAAUGCGGAAAAAUGGCAUCUUUCCGGACCUAACCACGCUGCAGAUCAUCAUGGAUACUCUGGUUGCCGCCAGGCAGGUCAACAAGGCCGUCCAACUGCUCGAGAGCGACCAAUUUGGGUUAGGAAUUGGGCAAACUUGCCACAGAAAGGAGGCCUUCUCUGCUCUCAUCGAAUGCCUCUUCCGGAGGUCACAUGUCGGCGUUGCCAGCUCGCUCGUACAGGUCGCCCGUGGAGAGCCUUUCAAUCUUGAUAAACAAGUGUACAAUGACGUGCUUGGCGGUUGGGCGAGGUUUGGGAGGGUUGAUAAGCUGCAGCAUUUCUGGGCAAUGAUGCUGGAGGAUGGGCUAGUGCCCGAUGAUGUUUCACAUUGCCAUCUCAUCGAGGCAUUGGGGAGGGCAGGGCAGGCUGAGGAGGCAGUCAGGGUGUUUGAGAAAAUGGUGCAAGAGGGAUACGGUCCAACUACGAUGGCCUACAAUGCACUUGUUUUCAAUUUUAUCUCACUGGGCGAUUUGGACAGGUCCAUCAAGUACUACAAGGAUAUGGUGGAGAAUAAUUGUCCUCCAAACAGUGACACAUACUGCAAGAUGAUUAGAGCCCAUCUGAAAGCACGCAGGGUGGCUGAUGCACUUCAAAUGUUUGAUGACAUGCUGGCUCAAGGAGUUCUGCCAGAUACAGGCGUAAUUACAUCAUUCAUUGAGCCACUUUGCACGUUUGGGCCUCCUCAUGCUGCCUUGAUGAUCUACCAAAAAAGUAGGAAGGCUGGGUGUACGAUAUCCUUGAAAGCAUACAAGCUUCUGCUUGAAAGGCUUGCCAGGUUUGGGAAAAGUGGGACAGUGUUGAACAUUUGGGAGGAGAUGCAAGAGAGCGGGUAUCCAUCCGAUAAAGAAAUUUACGAGUUUAUUGUAAAUGGGCUUUGCAAUGUGGGUAAGGUUGAUGCUGCUGUUUCCGUGGUGGAGGAAUCACUUAGGAAAGGCUUCUGUCUAGGGAGAGUUAUUUAUAGCAAACUGAACGACAGGCUGCUGGAGAUGGACAAAGUGGAGACUGCAUACAGUUUGUCAAAGAAAAUCAAACAUGGACGGACACUUGCUAAUUCACGCAACUAUUGUCGUGCUAAUGGUUGGCACUUGUGAACAUACUUGGUUGUAACGCAACUAUUUGGUAUGCUGGUCAGUUCCAUAUGGGUUUAAAAGUACGCUCAUUUGCAUUCUGCAAAAAAAAUUGGCAAGAUAAAACUCAAGUUUGGCUGGUGAAAGGUAUAAGAGUAUUCUUGACUGCCCAUGUUUAUGACAUGUUUGGCUAUUUCAUGCAUACCAUGUUAUGGGGUUAUUCUGACUAAAUCUUGCCUGAUGAGUAGUGGAUUAAGUAGCAGAAAGCUACAUCAAACAAUGAGACAAAGUAAUCAAAUCGGUAGAAUAGAAUGGAUAGACAUGUACUCUUUUCUUAUGUACUUCUGCUGCUCUGGAGAACUACGAACAGCAGAUGGAAUCUGAAGUUUCAGAACUUGGGUUCCUCGGGGAAAUGCAGAGAAACUAUAUUAAAAAGAAAACGUCGGGUCUCAAGUAUCAGAACUUGGGUCCCUUUGAAAGUCGCGGAGAAAGUAGCCUGAUGUAUCCUUGAAUAACUGGACUUCCAAGUUACAGAAGAACAGUAAUACUUGAAAGUUGAACCGGCAGGCCAACCUUUAACUGAACUUGUUAUAUACGGCAAAUGGGCACGUUGUACCUGGAAUGGAACAUCACAUCUACAAAAUUCUAUGUGAUGCCAGUUAUCCUGUUGCUGACUGCUUUAUUCAAUUGCUGUGGGUUUUAUUUGUGGUUCUGUAACUACCUAUGCCAUUAUCUUCACACGAUGUAGGUUGUUGAUGUUUCAUGAAGAUGCAAUCAUGGAUUCAGGAGACAAUUGCCCAGAACAGUUGCUAUCACGUAUGAGGACUGAUAUAUCACGUGAGGUCAAAGAAGAGAACUGGUUCAACAAUUACACAAGAAGAAAAUGAAAAGACAGAGCACCUUAUUAUAGAAAUGAUGAAAUCCGUGGGGCUUGCAACCACGGAAUGAAAUCCCAUACGACAAAUCUCCUCUGGCUUGUCAGGUGCUAUUUUCGAGCAAGGUAUCAGCAGAUACUGUGUUUGAACAUGAUUGCUGGCAAAGAAUAGACAGGAUGAAAUGUACAGUUCAGUCAUUGUUUCUUCCAUGAUUGCUAGCCUCAGGUAUAUGAACUGAAUACUAGCAGUUAUUCCUCUUAGUUUUGUGCAUUUUUGUUAGUUAAAAUCUGAGUUUUGCAGCUAGGACAAGUGUUAAAUAAGCUAUGGUCAACCUGUAUAAUGUAGUUGACCGUGUCUGUUAUCUUCUGAUGAUAUUUGACAGCUUAUGGAUAGAAAUGUAUAUUUCAGUUUUUGUAGCUAUUAACACUUGCAAGUUACUGCACUGCUAGCUCAAUUCUGGUUAGUAAGUCUGUGUCCGCCUCCUGCUGAAAUUUGGUUGUGAUUGAGACAGUUUUUUUUUUUUCUGAAGUUACUGCACUGCAACUGUAUUGCUUAUUUGAUUUGCCUAUCCAUUUUUUUUCUGAAGUUGAGCUGGUAAGUUUCAGAUGUUCAAUGAUGCGCUAGGGAAAAAUUGGAUGAAGAAAGAUGUGUGUGGCUGUCUGAAAGAAGUAUUUGCACAAACAAAUUAUAAUUAAUGUGUUGAUGAAAUUUUGGGUUUUCAAAUUGGAACCAAAAACCAACCCAUACCUUUAGACUCUUUUGGAAUUUCCAGAACAAAUUUUUGUUUGUUCCCUUUCACUGUUUGGGGACUUUUGACUUCAGAAUGGACCUUUCCCCCUUUCCCCUUUUCUGUGGAUGUAUGUGUGCUGCUUAAUUCCUGUAUGUAUGCAUGUUUGUCCUAUCAAGAUUCUCUGUUUCUUUCUGUAAACUAGUGGUUUUAGUUCGAUCUGAAUCUGGGUUAUUUAUAUAUAUUUGACAAUUUGACAUGUUUCACUUUCUGAUCUACAAAGGUCCACAACUUGUCGCCUGGGAUCAUCAGAUAUUUGGAUCCAUCCAUCAGAGAUAUGCUUCAGUUAGUUUCUGCAUUUCCAGAUUUUCCUCCAUGGAUAAUAUGGAAGAUUAGCAUUUGACUCGUGUGUCUGUGUGUGUGUGACACGUAGCUGCAUGCUUGACAAUGGAUAUUUGUGUUAGUGUGGAUAUUGGCUCCUGAGGCCCCACUUGAUUUUUGUUCAUUUAUCUAUGCUCAGAUUUGGUUAGUAUGUCAUCUUUGGUAUCAACUUGGAACACAAAUUAUUCAUGGAUAUGAUUCAGCAUUUAACAAUA